AUGAUGGAUUCCCUUAACCCAGUUUUCACUAAGAUUAUUCAUGUGCAUGAUCUGAAACUCCACUUCUACUGUGAUCUGGAUGAGAAGCCGAUUAAAGCUGCCAAAAGGAGAGGGAAUUGGAUUCAGCCAAAGUUUGUUGCAGCUAAGGAAAAGAACAAGGCCAACGGCAAGGUUGACGAUGAUGAAAGCCUCAGUUGUGGCUCCUAA